AUGGCUUCAGGUGGUGUUGCACCUGUUUGUGGUUUUAUAGAUAAGAAUGCAAGUUUGGCUGGUGUUGAAAAGUUACCUGAGGAAAUGAAUGACAUGAAAAUUAGAGAUGAUAAGGAAAUGGAAGCUGCUACUGUGGUUGUAGAUGGAAAUGGGACUGAAACUGGACAUAUAAUUGUCACUACCAUUGGUGGUAAAAAUGGCCAGCCAAAGCAGACGAUAAGUUACAUGGCCGAGCGCGUAGUUGGACAUGGAUCUUUCGGUGUAGUUUUUCAGGCGAAGUGUUUGGAGACCGGAGAAACUGUGGCUAUAAAGAAGGUUCUUCAGGACAAGAGGUACAAGAACCGGGAACUGCAAACCAUGCGCCUUUUGGAUCACCCGAAUGUUGUAUCUUUGAAGCAUUGUUUCUUCUCGACGACUGAAAAGGAUGAGCUUUAUCUUAACUUGGUGCUUGAGUACGUUCCUGAGACGGUUAGUCGUGUGAUCAGACACUACAAUAAAAUGAAUCAAAGAAUGCCUAUGAUAUAUGUCAAACUUUAUUCUUACCAGAUUUGCAGAGCGCUUGCUUAUAUUCACAAUAGUAUUGGAGUAUGUCACAGAGAUAUUAAACCUCAAAAUUUACUGGUCAAUCCUCACACGCACCAACUGAAGAUAUGUGAUUUCGGAAGUGCUAAAGUUUUGGUUAAAGGUGAACCAAACAUAUCUUACAUCUGUUCUAGGUACUAUAGAGCUCCUGAGCUUAUAUUUGGCGCAACCGAAUACACCACAGCGAUUGAUAUUUGGUCAGCUGGUUGCGUACUCGGUGAACUUUUGCUUGGUCAGCCGCUUUUUCCUGGUGAGAGUGGUGUAGACCAACUUGUGGAAAUUAUCAAGGUUUUAGGUACUCCGACAAGGGAAGAAAUCAAGUGUAUGAAUCCUAAUUAUACAGAGUUUAAAUUUCCUCAAAUCAAAGCUCAUCCAUGGCACAAGAUCUUUCACAAGCGAAUGCCACCUGAAGCCGUGGAUCUUGUCUCAAGACUAUUGCAAUACUCUCCAAAUCUUCGAAGCACUGCUUUGGAGGCACUGGUUCAUCCAUUCUUUGACGAGCUGCGCGAUCCAAACACUCGGUUGCCGAACGGACGCUUCCUUCCCCCGUUAUUCAACUUCAAAGUCACUGAGCUCAAGGGAGUUCCGGCCGAGAUGCUGGUGAAGCUGGUUCCCCCUCAUGCAAGAAAGCAAUGUGCCUUGUUUGGAUCAUCAUCAUGA